CACUAUUGAUGUCCAUGCCAGGGAUGUGGUCUUGGAGCUAAUUGAGAAAGGAGUAUCAAAUGAAACAGACUUCCAAUGGCUAGCCCAGCUUCGUUACUACUGGAACAAUGACAAUGUUCGUGUUCGCAUUAUCAACUGUGAUGUAAAAUACGCCUAUGAAUACCUGGGGAACUCGCCACGUCUCGUCAUCACUCCACUGACUGACAGAUGCUACAGGACACUGAUUGGUGCUUUCUACCUGCAUUUGGGGGGUGCACCUGAGGGUCCUGCUGGAACAGGAAAGACGGAAACCACCAAAGAUCUAGCCAAAGCUUUAGCUGUGUAGUGUGUGGUCUUCAACUGUUCUGAUGGACUUGAUUACCUCGCUAUGGGCAAAUUUUUCAAAGGUCUGGCUUCAUCUGGUGCGUGGGCAUGCUUUGAUGAGUUCAAUCGUAUCGAGCUGGAGGUGCUGUCUGUGGUGGCUCAGCAGGUUCUCUGCAUCCAGAGGGCUAUCGAGCUGGACCUGGAGUACUUUGACUUUGAAGGGACCAUGCUCAAACUCAACUCCAACUGCUUUGUGUCCAUUACAAUGAACCCUGGCUACGCAGGGCGCUCAGAACUCCCAGACAACCUCAAGGUCUUUAAUUAGUCAAUAAGUAUUUUAUCAGGCAUUUGUGGGAUUCAAA